AAUUCUUCGAGCGGCCGUGCCGUUCCAUCUCCGCCCGCAAUUCCCAUUUCCAACCUUCGCGACUCGCACCGAGGGCGGGCACACCAACGUCGACCGGCAAUGUUGUCUGGUAUUUCAAGAACAUCUCAGGACUGGGAAUGGUCAUCUACUUCAUCUUCUAAGGAAGACAUCCGGGGCAGCAUUUUUUUCGGUGCAGAUUAUAGUGAAGGAGAAGAGACACAGCAAGAGGACCACAACCUUGAGAGGAUCACAGCCGAGAUGGACUCAAAAUUAC